AUGCUCACCGACGCCCAGAUCAAAAUCAUCAAGGACUCUGCCCCCUUCCUGGCAGAAAAUGGCACUGACUUUGCUGCCAAGAUGUACAAGUACAUGUUCGCCACCUACCCCGAGGUGAUCCGAUUCUUCAACCAGAGCGACCAGAAGAACCUGGCCCAGCCCAAGAUUCUGGCCCACGCUCUGGUUGCCUACGCCUCCAACAUUGACAACCUUGGCGUGCUGUCCGACUUUGUCGAGCAGAUUGUCGUCAAGCACGUUGGCCUGCAGAUCCAGCCCGAGCAGUACCCCAUUGUGGCCGCUUCCAUCAUCCACACCCUCAAGGAGAUGCUCGGCGAGGCUGCCACCCCCGAGUUCAUCGAGGCCUGGACCGUGGCUUACACCCAGCUGGCCAACAUUCUCAUCGACGCCGAGAAGAAGCUGUACGAGAAGCAGGCUUCUCUGGCCGGCGGCUGGGAGGGCUUCCGAGACUUUGUCGUGACCAAGGUCGAGGACGAGUCUUCCAACGUCAAGUCCGUCUACUUCAAGUCUGCCGACGGCAAGCCCGUUUCCACUCCCAUCCCCGGCCAGUACGUGACUUUCCUCUUCACCUUCAACGGCCAGGAGACCAUGCGAUCCUAUACCGUUUCCCAGAAGGUGACUGGAGACGAGUACCGAAUCUCCGUGCGAAAGGUCAAGGGCGGCCUCGUUUCCACUUACAUCCACACCGAGGUCAAGCCCGGCACUCAGCUCAAGGUUGCUCCUCCUACCGGCCGAUUCACCUACACCGACGAUGGCAAGAAGAUUCUCUUUGUGGCCGGCGGCAUUGGCAUCACUCCUCUCAUCUCCAUCAUUGAGGAGACCAAGGGUAAGGAGGGCAACGCGCUCAUCUACUGUGACCGAUCGCCCGAGACCCAGCCUUUCGGCAAGUGGCUGCAGGACGCUGGCGUCAAGACCACCAACGUUUACUCCGAGACCGCCGACAAGCGACACAUCAGCAAGGACGACUUUGCCGGUGUUGAUCUCAGCAACGUCAACGUCUACCUUCUGGGCCCUCCCCCCUUCAUGACCACUGUGCGAAAGCUGCUGAGCGAGCUUGGUUUCUCCGGCGAGAUCAAGACCGAGUUUUUCGGCCCUGUCGAGGUUUAA